AAUACACCAAGUAUUAGUCCAAUUAAUAUACUUUUCAAAGUUGUCAGCUGAAUGUAAAAGAGGAAAAAUAUAAUAAAAAUGUAGGUAGAAUUUUCUAUGCCUAUGUCCCUAAGAUAUUGUUAAACUCAAAACCACAAGUCCAGAACUAACAGUUCUAAUAUUGCAAAAAAUGAAGCAGAUGGAUGUUCCUGAGUACUAUAUAUCACUCUCUUUGAUCCUACUCUUUGCUUUUGUAUCCUUCUCCGCUCAAGACUUAAAUUAUACAGACCCAUUGCCAUCUUUCAAGUGUGUGACCAACAAUGCUACAUGUGAAGCCCUGGUAGGUUACGUCUCCCAAAACACCACUACAUUUGGCCACAUUCAAUCCUUGUUCCAGGUGAAGGAUCUGAGCUCUCUAUUGGGGGUCAAUCUUUACCCUCCUUCUACCCAUGAAGACUACAUCAUAGGGGUCAAUCAGACAGUCAAGGUCCCCAUCCCAUGCCGCUGCAUCAAUGGUACUGGUCUCUCCGACAGAAUCCCCAUCUACACUGUUGCCCCUAAUGAUACUGCAUACUCUAUAGGAACGUAUAUUUUCUCAGGAUUGGUGGCAAAUGGAUCAAAUCCUGAACUUCCAGGACUGGUGAGCUACCAGCAGAUUAUUGCCGCCAAUCCAAUAAUGGAUUUCCUUAAUCUUACGAUUGGAACAAAGCUGUGGAUCCCACUUCCCUGCAGUUGUGAUACUGUGGUGCACUAUGCACAUGUGAUGCCACCCGGGAGCACUCUGGAUCAGGUUGCUGCGGAGUUUAAUAUCACAUCAGAAACUUUAGCUAGUGUAAACAACAUAACUGAUCCUUCCAAGGUUAAAGCUGAUCAGGUCAUUGAUGUCCCGCUUAAAGGUUCAGUUCUUCAGAACCUUGCUACUCCUUCUGCAGCUGAUGGGGCAGUUCUGAAGAAAUUGAUCUCUACACUCAGUCCUGUAUCAGGUUGGUAUGGCUCCAACUUCUGCAUCUGGUCUGGGAUUAUUUGCACCAGCAAUGGCUUCGUCAAAUCCAUUAGCUUACCCUCCCGUAAUAUAUCUGGUAGUCUUUCCCCCGAUCUCAACUCCCUGUCUCAGCUCACCACAAUCUAUCUCCAAAACAACCAACUCUCCGGCCCUCUCCCAUCCUUUGCCAAUCUCAAAUCCCUCCGAGAGAUACACCUUGACUCUAACAACUUCACUUUAGUCCCAAAUGGCAUUUUUUCAGGCCUUAACCUCCUUCGAAUCCUCUCUUUAAAUAAUAAUCCGCAUCUUAGUCCUUGGGCCUUUCCGGCUGAAUUGACUGAUUCUAGAAUUUUGGUAUCCUUCCAAGCUAGCAAUGCCAGUCUCAUGGGACCUAUACCAGAUAUUUUUGACUCCCUCACCAGUUUCCAGAAUCUGAGGCUAUCAUAUAACAAUUUGACAGGGUCAUUGCCAGGUUCUCUUUAUAAGACCCAGAUGCAGAACUUGUGGCUUGAAAAUCAGCAUAUGGGUCUAUCUGGCUCCCUUGAUGUUCUUGCAGAAAUGAGAUUAUUGAAGCAGGUCUGGCUACAAGGAAAUAAAUUUACUGGCCCAAUUCCUGACCUUUCAAACAACACUGGUAUAUUCGAUCUACAACUGCAAAACAAUCUGUUAACCGGUGUUGUUCCAAAUUCCUUGAUGUCUUUGCCCGGAUUAGUCAACAUCUCAUUGCAGAACAACAAGCUCCAAGGCCCAUUACCAGCUUUCCCUGACAGUACUGAUGUGACUCUUGGGACAACAAACCUAUUCUGUCAAGAUGUUCAAGGAGCUUGUGAUUUUCAAGUGACAACAUUGCUAGAGGUUGCUGGAGCUCUGGGCUAUCCUCUGAAGCUGGCUGAGGCUUGGCAGGGUAAUGAUGCAUGCAAUAAAUGGCCAUAUGUAACCUGUGAUGCCUCUGGAAACAUCAUUAGAGUAAACCUAUCCAAGCAGGGAUUCAGCGGUACCAUAUCUCCUGCUCUUGCAAACUUGACAUCUCUAAGUGAGUUAUACUUCGACAAUAACAACUUGACUGGUACCAUACCAGCAAGUUUAACAACCUUGCACAGUCUCAAAGAAAUAAACCUCUCAAACAAUGAUCUUAGAGGAGAAAUCCCGAAUUUUAAGUCCACGGUGAUUGCCCUCACUUAUGGCAAUAAGAAUAUUGGAAACAACACAAACAAUAGCACUGUUAGUGCGAGUAAAAAAACUCCUAAGAAGACUUCUAAGAUACUACUAGCAGCAUUAGCUUUGACAUUUUCAAUUGUUUCAUUCUGGGUUAUGCUGUAUGUAUUAAAAAAAAGAAGGCAUAAUGCAAAACAGAAAGAAGAUGCAGAGCAAUGGGAGGGUUUCUUGCAUCUAGCACCUGACUCUCCACUAAGGUUCUCUUAUCACGCUUUGAAGACAGCAACUGAUAACUUCAAUGUGCUCCGAAAGCUUGGGGGAGGUGGCUUUGGGACUGUUUUUGAAGGAAACUUGAAUAACACGACCAAAAUUGCUGUUAAGAGGUUGGAUUGUCUUGGACAGGGAAGGAAGGAGUUUCUGGCGGAGGUACAGACUAUAGGAAGCAUACACCAUGUCAACUUGGUGAAAUUGGUUGGAUUCUGUGCCGAAAAAGUACAUAAUUUACUAGUCUAUGAGCACAUGAGCAAUGGUUCACUAGACAAAUGGAUUUUCAAGACCAAUUCAAGAGAUGCCCUUCCUUGGGAUACUAAAAGAAAAAUCAUCCUGCAUAUUGCCAAGGGACUUGCUUAUCUGCAUGAGGACUGUCAAAAGCGUAUAGCCCAUCUAGAUGUAAAGCCCCAAAAUGUGCUUCUCGAUCAGGAAUUUAAUGCUAAACUAUCUGAUUUUGGCCUAGCAAAACUAAUGGAUAAGGACCAAAGUUAUGUUCUGACUCAAAUGAGGGGAACUCGAGGUUAUCUCGCCCCUGAAUGGUUAGGCAGAAAGAUCACGGAAAAGGUCGAUGUCUAUAGCUAUGGGGUUGUGGUGCUAGAAGUAAUUUUCGAGAGGAAGAAUUUGGAUUGCUCUGAAGAAAGCACUCUAAUCAUGCAGGUUAAAACGAAGAUAGAGGAGAAUAAAUUACUUGAUCUACUUGAUAAAUGCUCUGAAGAUAUGCAUCAAAACUUUGAAGACAUAGAAAUGGCAGUAAAACUUGCAAUCUGGUGCUUGCAGAUUGAACCAGCAAGGCGGCCUUCUAUGUCAACGGUGGUAAAAGUUCUGGAGGGCUCAGUAUUUCUCGAAAACAUUGAUGACUUUUCCUUGACAAGCCCAGUUACCUAUGGAAACCCGACCUUGGAGCCUAUAACAGAAAUUUCUGAUUCUGUUCUCUCUGGUCCGAGAUGAGGCAGGUACUGCCAACAAAUUUCUGAGUGAUCAUUUGUUGCAUAAAUGAAAAUUUUCUGUAGGAAAUACGAAACGUUGUCAACAUGGGCUUAAUAGCUAAGAGCAGCCGAAGUUUUUUUUUUUUUCCAAAUGGUAAGAUACAAACUGCAACUCUGUGGGGAAUUUAGUCAUGCGCACACAAACAGCUUUAUUACAUAUUUACAUGUUUGCUCAUCUCUUUAAUUGUAAUAAUAUUUGGCACUGUAUUAGUACUUAAUCAGAGUAUUCAACUUUGGUAGCUGGAAAAGAUAAAAAGUUUCCACCAAUGUUCUACCUAGGAGGCUGGGAUCAUCUUUAUAAAUAUCCAAGUAGGAAAAUACUCCGUAGUGUAUUUUCGAUGAACUGCUGAUUGAUAAUUUGAUGUUUUCAUUGUAAUUCAAAAGAGGGCAAGGUAAGUCACAUUGCUACUCCAAAAAUAACCUUGGAGAAAUCUCAGGUUCCCUGUUUUUUAUUUUUUUAUGUAUUGCUACAUUAAACUCUCUGAAAUCUGAG